AUGUCUAAGAUUGUUGACAAAAAGCUACUGGAAUUAACUGGGAAAAUAAAAGCAUUGAACUUUGCGAUCAAAAAGUCUGACGAAGUUAUUGAUUCUACUAAAACCGAGGUUUUAACGCGACAAAUUAGUUCAAUAACGAACCGAAUUCAAGCAAUAUAUGCCUUAAAGGAGGAAAUAGAGGAGAUCAAAUUUACCGACAACGAUUCUGAGGAAAAUAUACGAGACUGGGCUGAGGAAGUCGAGUCGAGAAUUAGCGAAGCAGAUAACAAAGUAAGUGAAAUACGAGAGCGUUUGAAUGAGAUUAAAGAAACAGAGAGAGCAGCAGCCGAAGAAACCGAACGCGUUGCCAUAGAUAUCAAAAGACAAAAACAACUUGAAUUCGAGAAACAAAAGUUCGAGCUAGAACAAGCAGCGAAGGAUGAAGAACGAAAGCGGGAAUUGAAGCACAAAACUGAACU